UAAGGCUUCCUGAUUGGUUGAAACGCUUCGAGUUAUAGAUUUUCGUUCAGUUGGCAAGGGUGUCAUUAUAAGUGAGUAUCAUUGGACCGUGUUGAACUUGUCAAAACGUAGAAACACAAAUCGGCAUUGCCAUUGUGCGAUAGGUGAUUAUAGUGCGACAGCGAAUUUUUCGAACACGAUUUCACAAUGGCCGCGUGGAGAGCAGCUGGUUUGAAUUAUAUCAAUUAUUCCAACAUCGCAGCACGCUUACUUCGCAAGGCAUUGAAGCCGGAUGCUAGAGCACAAGCCGUCCGGCGGGAUGAAUCGCACAUCAAAUUUACCAAGUGGCAGGGUGGCAGGCCAGAGAAUGAAAAAUAAGAAUACUAUGGCAUAAUGAUUACUCAAGUUAUCAACGAGUAGAACAACGCAGAAAUGUACAUGGCGCUAGCAAAUCGAGUAAUAUGAAUAAACCAUGUAUGCUGUUUGACACACAAACAAGUGUAAAAAUGUUUU